CUGACAACCGGCCACAUCACCCGAAAUUCUUUCAACGAUUACUUAUUAUUCCAAACUCAUUAUGAAUCAAUUCCAAAUUUUAGAGAUUCUUCUGAGUAUCCUCGUUUUGAACAUCAUUCAAAUCAGCGGGCUUCACCUUCAGGGAACAUGGAAGAGUAGUGAUUUCUACGUGUUUCUUGCAAAGUUUGGUUUCCAGAAAACUGACAUGCAUGAUCGUGUAAAUACACAGGGUUAUAUUUAUGGCAAUAUUACAUCAAAAGAUAAUGUGACUACGGAUCUCUCCCUAGUUGUUGUGGAUAGUGAAUAUUUUUUAGAAUUUUUUGGUAAUAGUUCUGUGUUGCCAAGGACUAAGGCGUGUCCGCGGAUGCUGAAAAAAGUUGACACGAUAGCGUGGGAUGCUGAUUGUAAUCGUGGUGGGCAAGAGGACUUCAUUCGAAGAAUACCUUGUCCAGUGGGAAGAUUGUGCGUAGAUGAGGACACCCCCAGUCAUGUCGUUAGAGGACAUCAAUUUACAUAUAGCGUACAAGACACUAGUCAACCACGAUUCUGGUAUAUCAGCUUCGUGUCCUGCUACCGCAACACAACAAAUCAUGCGUGUGAUUGGACGCAUAAUUUGCAGCAAAGUAUAGAAAUUGAAUAUGAUAUUUGGCUCGUUAAUGGAAAUCCAUACACGAAACACUUCAAUCCAUUCGAACACCAAUUCUCCUUCGAACUUCAUGAUGUGGUGGAGAUCUAUCUCACUUUCUUCAUUAUCUACACCAUACUCUUGCCAAUCCAAAUAUAUGCCUUUUUAAAACAAAAACAUGUUAUGACGAGACUUCUGACUGGAUGCAUGAUCUGUGAAUACAUCGGUGUUAUAGCAAACUUCAUACAUUUUAUCAAAUUUGCAUUUGAUGGAAAAGGGGUGGAGCCAUUACGAAUUGGUGGCAUCUUUGUGGAUAUGAUCUCACAGUGUUUGUUAAUGUUGCUGUUAUUACUCAUAGCUAAAGGCUGGACGAUAACAAGGCUGGAACUGAGUUAUAAGAAGUUAUUCCUUGCACUCUGGGCAAUCUAUACAGCUGUCUACAUGGCUUUGUUCAUAUGGAAUUUGACGGAAGUAGAUAUCAUCUCGGACACGGAUGAGUGGCAGACAUGGCCCGGUCUCAUCAUCCUUCUCAUACACAUCAUCGCCGGCCUAUGGUUUCUAUUCGAGCUACGAAACAGCUUCAACUCAGAGGCAAAUGAGGAGAAGACGAAAUUCUUCUUACACUUUGGAGCUGGUUUCCUGGUGUGGUUUAUUUAUCUACCUAUCGUCGCUCUGAUUGGGACCCAAGUGUCGGCGUUAUGGCGAUUCAAAACUAUCCUCAGCGUGAUGUAUGCAGCUGAUUUCCUCGCCUUCUGUGUCCUCGUCCACAUCCUGUGGCCAACUCGUCCCGAUACCCAUUUUGAUCUCCGUACUAAAGUCGUCAAGUUUAAGAAGAGGACGCCAAAUGGAAACUCAUCAACAACAAUUGAAAUCAAAGGUUUAUUAGAUGAAAGUACCGACUCCUGUGAUAGCGGUGAAAGUAAAAGUCCUGCCAAGAAGUCGAACAAGUCAAAUGGUCAUACCAUCUUAGGCAAGCAGUCUAAGAACGGAAGAAUUGUGUCGUUGAAUGGAUCUGCGAGGAAAGGAGCUCACAGAAACGGAUUGAGGAGAAUAGACUCUUCUUCUUCAGAUGAUGAAGUUGAGACGUUAUUUAGCAAAUCCUAGGAAAUCAAUUACUUGCAGAGUUUCCAUAUUGUGCAGGAAAAACAUGUGACGAGGGACAGCAGACGAUGACGUUACGUCAACACUCUCCAUAGUCUCUUCUUGUUCCCUCCUUAAAGGUCUACGCCGUUCGUUAAAAAUUUGUAAUUGAAUUAAAAACUUCCCAGUUGCGUAAAUACGUACUAAAUAUAAAUUUCAACAUUGCCCUUGUGUUGACUGAUAUACUAUUAUACUAUGAAUACCAAGUUUAAACAAAUUUGUACACAUGAUAACUGCACUACGGCAUUGUGUAUUAGUGGAUUUCGAUUUUUCCUGGAUCAGCAGAAAUUACGAACGGCGUACCCCUUUAAAAGCUUAACUGCCGAAUUUGUUUUAUUAUGAAUUUUUUUCUGAUAACCUGUUUGUAGCUUGAAACGGAGAAGAUUUAGAUUCCUCGAAAACCACCGUAGAAGCGAUAUACUACCUAAACGCCAUCUAUCAGUAGGCGGGGAAAACUAUGGAGUCGAGGAUCUUUUCAAUGAAAAUCAAUGAAUAACGCAUCGGCACUCUUCGCAAUUCAGCAACAGUGGCAGUUGAAGGGUUAAAGUGAUUGCUCAUAAAUAAAUAAAUAAUUGUCAUUUAUGUGACGCCAAGCGUCCCUCUCCACUCCUCAAAAAGAAAUGCUUUUAACUGUCUUUUGAAUUUGUAAAGGUUUGUUUCUGCGCGAAGGGCUGCGGGCAGUGUGUUCCAGAGGAACGGACCGUAGCUUGAAAACCUGCGGAUAUCGUACAUUAUCAGUUACUCCUGUCCAUGGAAAAGUUACAUAAGACAUGUAUGAUAUUAAAAUCUUACUUCUAACUUAUAGUAGUGAUUCAGGGUUCACAGGAAUUCUGUCGAAAACCUUCAAGGCUGAAUAUAAAAAUAUCAGAUUCUUUCUGGUAUUCAUUGGUACUUACGUGUAUAACUUUUUGAUGUCUUUAUCGCUUGCGGCCCCGUGAUUUAGGGCCUGGUUGUGUUGCAUUCCAUUUUACUCACAAUGGUGCCAGUUAAUGUUAACAAUGUAUAGUUAGCGACUUUGUUGUGUUUUGUCAUUGUUGUUGAUAGUCAGAGGGAAUUUCUUUCCCUGGGCGCGGUUGUUCAAAACAAAUUUUGUCACUGACACUGGCAUUAGCUUAAAUGACCAUUGGCAUUAUUAGGGGCACUCUUACCCAGCUAGCGGCCGCCCAGUCUCCUCCGAUUCUACAUAAGUAGUUCCCAUCAACAAAUUGCACAAAAAAAGGAAAAUGAAUUAUUGCGCUUUUACGACGUUGACUCCGAUUUGACCCGAUUUAGCUCUCCACGCAUUGACUCUUUCCACGUGGAACGAUGCACUAGUAAGGCAUUUCCUGGAGCUAGGAUUUACCCCUUGACAUCAUGGUAAUGAAAUUGAUUUUUCCAACGUCACGCUGAUGGCGCUUGAUGACCCCGCAACUGCGACGAUAAAUGGAAAUGACGUAGUGCCUUAAUAGCGGGGUGACGUGAACUCGGAUCUCGGCGUGCACUCGCGUGGCGGGAAAUGUCUUUCGCGCAAGGACUUGCACGUACUGAAAUUUACGAAUAACGCGUUUUUCUACUAUCUAAGAGCUGAAACAAAAUUGGAAAAGCAUCACACAUGUUCAAAAAAAUUACUGCAAUAAUAAUCCCAAUGGUCCUUUAAAUUGGUAUUAUCUUAGGUUAAGUCCAUUAGUUUUAGCAACAAGUUAAUGCCACCGUUAGUGACCAACCUUUUAUUGAACGACUGGGUCCUAGUAGUACAGUAGAACCUCCCUUAGCGGACAUCUCUCUAAUAAGAACACACCCUCUCUAUUAAGGACACUAGUUUUGGUCCCAAAUUGGUUGUUGCCAUUCAAUUUGACCUCCCUAAUCAGACACCUUUCUAUAAAGAACAACACUUUUCAGUCCCGAGGGUGUCCUUAAUAGAGAGGUUCUAGCUGUGUCUUGCAUAUAGUGCUGCUGUUUGUACUUGAGAAAGUAACACCUUUUUGCCCGAAGUAAAAUGACAUUGUGUAAUAAGUUAAGAAUUUGAGCUUAUCAAAUAGAGCUUAUUAAAUGGAGCUUUCCAAAUGAGCUUAUCAAAUACUGUGAUCAUGAAUAUUUUUUUGACCUGCUGCCUUCAGCCUUUUUGUACAGCAUAUCAUGCAGGCUGUUGUCACCCUGGCCAAUCGGGUAUGAUUCCCCGAGAUUUUAAGCGCGGUUACAAUAACCGUGUUGAAAAAUGCAAUCCACUUACAAUGUACCUGUCGUAUGUCGCUAACCAGGUAAAAACUGUAAACUAAACUGUACUCGUUUAUGUAUGGUAAUCUGGUCACGGCACUAAUGAUUGACGUGUAUAAUUUGCAGAUAUGUAGCAUUGGUUAAAGACUUGAGACUGAACAGGAGGUAUUGGUUGACUCAUUAAACACUGCAAGGAAUUCACCAAAGUAGACAAAUAUUCGAACAUAUUCUCUCUGCCAGUAUUUGCUUCCAUGUUGGAACGUCACUGUACAUUACGUUGUCUAAUCUAACUGAAAAUGAUUCAUACUCACUUUGAGAAUGAAAUUACAAAAAUGUGUGUAGUUUCAUCAAAUAUAAUCAUGUCAACGAAAAUCUCUUCAUGGAUCAUUUUGACCAUGUCACAAACUUCCAGGUGAAUGAAAAGCCUAAAAGACAAGUCAUAUAAAUGAAACGGCCUAGCCCAGGCUAUUCAGGGGGAAAUGGCGGCCAAUUUAAGCAGGGACGGAACCACGUCAUCAAAUAUAGUCUUCUGGUCCUGCGCAAGGAGGCUGACUGCAAGGUCAGAGCUAAAAUGUAGGCCAAAACUGAGGCAGCAGCAGAGGUUUUGUGAGAAUGACAGCUCCUCUCAAGCUGUGUUUGGUGAGAGAACCGUUGUACUCUGCGAAACUAAGGCUUCGCGAACAAAAAUCAGUUAGGGUAAUGUUGCGGCCAAGUUUACAUAUAACGAUCCUCAUCAUCAUCAUCAUCAUCAUCAUCAUCAUCAUCAUCAUCAUCAUAAUUCGGUUUCGUAACCGUUCUCCGAUGUAAUCACUGCUACUAUUUUUACUCAUGCGAGGUUGCAUUCAUACAUGUAUACUACUACAGUAGAACCUCUCUUAGCGGACACCUCUCUAUUAAUGACACUAGCUUUGGUCCCAAAUUGGUUGUUUCCGUUCAAUUUGACCUCUCUAAUCUGGACACCUCUCUAUUAAGGACAACACUUGUCAGUCCCAAGGGUGUCCUUAGUAGAGAGGUUCAACUGUACUAGUACUAUGUACUUUGUACUUUUUUCUUUUUUUUUUUGCUUACAUAUUUGCGUGCACAAUAUCUGAACGAAUGCACAGUAAAAAAAUGUGAUUAAGAAAUGUGAAACGGCAUUUUUUUUAUGUGGACUUUUCUGUUUCUGCAACAAAUGUGGAAUUUUUUGGAAAUGGAGUGAGGAACCAGAGUGAUCGCUUCAACAGGCUGUGAUGUUUAUUACUAACAUGGGUCAUAUCGGUAUUACCACUGAACCUCUCUCACAGCCAAGACCAUAUUUUGGCGUUGGAGAGCUAUUUUACUUCAAUAUGUUAAAAUGAAUAAUAGGUCAUCAAAUAUAUCUCUUUGGGCCAUCUGCUCAUGGUUUUGUUCCAGUCUGGUUGGAUUUGUUUCUGAUAACCAUACCCUGCAGAUACAUGUAGAGUAGCUUUUUCCCACUAUUUUAAUAUACAUGUAUAUGCCAUCUGUUCUUCAUCAUUCCAGCUUUACCAAUUAGAUCAAUGUGGGUAACGAGAGAACUUCUCGAGAUGCUAAACUCAUAUCAAAUUCAUCGUAUUGUUUUACUUGUUAAUAUCUGUAUUUUUCUGCUAUUUUUUCUUUUUGCACUUUUCUUUUGAAUUGUUUUCAACACGUAAAGAAUGGUAUACAUGUAGUUAGUUACAGCUGAUAGAAAGAACAAAGUGAUGAAAACUUUUUAAGUGUGUCACACUUACUUAAAUGUAUUGAGAGAUUCAGCCAAGUUUUAUUGGCCAGUUAGAGGUAUUAAAAGAUGUCUUCUUAAAGAAAGCCAGUAAAGUAUUUAUUGUAGCCACAACCCCCUGGCAUAUACAGUAACGGCAAUGCCUUUGUUAACUUCCAUACCCUUGUUAUAAACAGGGGCAACUUUUUUCUCUCGUUUUUGUGACAGGUGACCAGCUCUGUCAAAAGUAGGUGCUUGUGGCAAAUGGAGAAAAGGAAGAAAAACAUUUGGAGGCAAGGAAGGCAAAAAUUUGCAAAAUAUUUUUUUCUGGGAAUAUGAAUAAUUCCCUCAUAGUCUUUCCGAUUUUACUGUGUCUGGUUAUUGGAAGAUAGUGAUCUGUGAAAAAAAUCACUUGGGGGGAAAAGCAUAGGAAUACGAAUUUCCUAAGUGUGCUGAGCUGUUUUGAAUCAUUAUGAUGUUACUCAUUACGUUAAAGUAUACCUGGAAAUAUUCGCUACAAUUUUUAUUCGCGGCUUGGUGAAAUGGUAACAUUUGUGUACGUUUAUCUUAGCAUUUUGACAACCCAGUUACAGUAAUUUUCAUUUGAUUUUCUUUUUUGCGGCCAGGUAUUUCAUGAUUAUUAUCUGGAAACGCGACAAUAUAAGGCAGGCCCAUAUUUCUGGGUUUACUGUACUGUAUAAUAUUCGGUCGUAAUAAUUCCUGACCAUGACCAACUAAGCCCAACUUUUCGUUUUUACCGAAAAACAAAAAUUUUUAUGCAUACAAAACUUGACAAAACAUAAAUAUCAUGAAAUAAUAUGAAUUGGUGAUCAGCUAAAAAACGGAUUGUUGGAAAGGUCAGCUUUGGUCGGUUAUAAGAAGGACCCAGCAAACUCUCUGUGUCAUACAUCAAUUUAAAAAGGUGAUUGUCUGCACAAUCAGCUCAUCCUCACAGCUAAUAAUGUCUUCUGUUCUUGACCGCAAACACCUGCCUACUUUUGACAAAGCAAGUCGCAUGCUUUCCUUGAAAAAGUGUUAUUUUGUAGCAUAAACUGUGGCUAAGAAUUUGAACCGUUUGAAAAAUAAUCAUGCUGUUCGAAUUGAACUUUAUUUCUGGUGUUGGGAAGGUUUUUGUCGAAAGUGAACCACUUCCAAAGUGACCCUAUGAAAUAUCUUUACCUACUUGUAAACAACCAGUAGAUGAUUGGGUCUUUUAACAAUUUAACCCAGGUGUUCUGAGUGUCUUUCUAACAUAUUGCCAUUUCCUUGUGGUCCAAAUAACAUUGAACUGAUAAGUCAUUGUAACUAUUUACCUGCUAUUUCAUGGAAAUAAAGGAUA